UUUUGGUACUUUGAUUUUCGCUUUCCAGAUUCCCAGUUUUUCGUUCUGCACUUUGAUGUGCAGUAGAAAGCUAAAACGUCCAUCACAAAUCUGAAUUGUAAGUGCAGUUUGUGCUGAUUAUUUGACGGAUAUCUGCCGUGAUUUAUCGCUUCACGGUCAGAAAAUGCGCGUCCCAUAUUGGCUGCGCGGCCCGACCCUGGAGAAGCUGGUGGUGAUGCGCGAUCAGUUCAGCCGCAGCCGUGUCGAUCUCAUCAACGGACUGGAGAAAACCCCUCCACACUACCAGCGCGCCUACACAUUGGCCCCCAAUUUUCAGUCACAUCCCGUUCAAUAUCGGGUAUCGGAGCGCCCCCACGUCUACGACCGCGAAACGGGCAUUACGAGCCAGAUUGAUGAAGACCAACCUGUCCGCCCCAUGAUGCCCCCCGAGGCGCAUCUGGGGCUGUGGGGCGGGGAGGGGAUCCUCAAGGGCUUCACCAAGCGCAGCAAAAACCAUGUCAGGACGCCGCGGUGGUGGAUGCCGCAUCUGCGGGAGACGGCGUUCUACAGUGAAAUCCUGGACAAACACUACCUCAUCAUCGUCACCCACACCACGCUCGAGCGCAUUGUCGCCGCAUUUGGCUUCGACAACUACAUUCUCCAGACGCCGGAAGUGGAUCUGCACUCGCGGCUGGGCAUGCGCCUGCGGCGGGAGAUGCUGGUCACGCUGGCCAAGAAAUCCCUGUACCCGCACGAUCCGGAUCGGCGCGAUGAAAUCCUUGAAAAGUAUAAACGCUUCAUCAUCCCGGAAAGUGACAGUAUGAAACCGACAGCAGACCGUUUCCUCGAUGAAAUCUUCCAAAAUAAUCCUGAUCACGAAAUGGCCGCGGUGUGCGCUGGCGAAAAAGGGCCCUUAACCGCGGCUGCCCGCCAGGGCUUGUCACUGCGCAACGAUGCGGCGCUGACAGAGGAAUGGUUCUUCGCCUGGAGCGACGCGGUGGAGAGCAGCCUGCGCCUGGACACCGCCGGCUACUACGUCCACGAGUGGUGGGACACGGGCGUCAUUGGCAAGGACCCGGCAUGGCAGCGCCCCCUGAUCGUGCUGCAGAAGGUGACGGAUAUUCUGCUGCCGGGCGGGCACGGCGUCUUCCCGGCCCUCCUCAUCAUGGGCCAUCCCGGCGCCUCCCCGGAGACCCUGGACGACAUGCAGUCCAUUAUGGGCCGUAUGCUGCAGCAGCAUUUCCGCCCGGUGAAGCGGGCCCAGGACGACACGGCCUUCCUCCUCUUUAACGGGGUCAGCUUCGCCUGGGGGGUGGCCCGGCCCGGACAGCCGCCGGAGCGCCGUGACCAGCAUGCCGACGCCCGCGAGAGCAGCGCCGAACCGGCGUUACAGCGACUGGCCCAGCACAUUAUCGCGCUGUAAAAUAUUAUAGCCGACCAGCACUGACUAAAGUGACUAUGCACCGUCGCACUGUGUGUUUUUCUCUCGGUUUCAACAGUAUUGAUAGGCUGGUAGCACAGUGUGUUCAAAUCGGAAGGAGAUAAAAUAUUUUUUACUUGUCAAGUCGUAUUCGCAGUGCUUUAUCUGCAGUGUUUUUCCAUUUCGUGUUGGUUGUCAGGAACAUUUAUUAACGAUCUGUUAUAAUGUAGUUUAUUAGUCGGAUUGCAUGAGCGAACGUUGUCGCUAAUAAAAUCUGUCAUUCGCUCGUUUGACGCUUCUAACAACUGAAGCAGAUCAAUGCGGUUGAUAAUCAUCUGCAUACAAUUAUAUGGAAAUUGGCUAACCAUAAUAAUUAUUACUGUAAUAAAUCGGCAGCAGUUGUUAGCCGGUGAUGUUCACUGUUCAGUUACCAUUAGUUCGGGAUAUGUUAAA